CGCAGCUGACCUUUGGACCAUGCCCUUAUUCUUGAACUACUGCUACGUACACCUAUGACGCUACCGCUGGACACGCGCAAGUACAUUCUCGUGUCGAUCCCGGCAUCCAACUACGUCCAGAAGGCACGCUGGGGGCUACGUCUGGCGAAGAUCGAUUUCACCGAAGAAAUGCACGCGCCUGCGUUCCAUCGAUUCUCCACAAGACCCAAGGGCGGGUCAUCGGUGCCACUGCUGUACUGCCCCGAUACGAAGCUCAGUCUGACGGACAGUGACCCAAUUCUGUCCUUUUGUGGCCAGCAUGUCCCUUCGCUGUACCCUCACGAGCAUGUGAAGGCCCUGGAAUUGAAGUACGACACCGAUUUUGGCCCGCAUGCGCGGCGAUACGCCUAUGGCUUCAUCUUCGCCAAGAAAGGUUCGACCUUCAAGCACAUCAUUGUCGACUCAUUGCAGGGGACUAUGGAGUCGUAUGUUGUCAGUUGCGUGUUGCCGAUGCUCCAGAUCAUGCUGACCAAGGCAUUCAACGUGACUGACGCUGGCGUCGAGCGUUCGUGGGCGAAAAUCGACCACGUAUUCAACGAAGCCAGUGCUAUCUUGGGGGACGCACCUCUCGGCUCGACGUACUUGGCAGGGCCUUCAUUUACGGCGGCGGACAUCUCGUUCUGUUCACAUGCCUCGUUGUUGCUUGGGCCACCACAGAACCCCUUCCUGCACCCGCAUUUUCAACCAGACGACAUGCCAUUGACAUUUAGAGCUCGCUACGAACACCUUCGUACAUCGAAAGCAGGGCAGUUUGUCUUGUAUUGCUUUGAGCACCAUUACCCUUCCUCUGACGAUUUGUAAGCGUAAUACAUGUGAUAUGAACCACA